GGCUCCGGAGCCGGACGCCGAGAUGGACGCGGUGGUCUUUGCGGAUGUGGCUGUGAACUUCUCCCGGGAAGAGUGGGCUUUGCUGGAUCGUGGUCAGCGGCAGCUCUACCGGGACGUGAUGCUGGAGACCUGCAGGAACCUGGCCUUCCUGGUUGGUACAAGUCAGGAUAAAAGGACUGCAUCAAGGACUCAGCAGAAUGUUUUGCAGAAUGAGCUCCCCAGUGAAGGCAAGACCGUCCUAUGUGCAAGAAAUGAUUCGUGUUCUGUUUUUGGAGAAAACUGGAAAUUUCCUAACAGUGGAGAUCAGACCCAAACAGAGGAAAGGCGUUUGAGAGGUCAUUUGGUGAAGCAGGUCUGUGAAAGCAGUGAAGAUAGUCGACGUGGAGAAACCAGAAGGCAGAUGACAAGUCUUACCGUGCGUGAGGAUCGUCCUACUGGAGACAAGUCCUGUCACUGCGCCAAGUGUAGAGAAGCCUUCACAGAUGGUUCUUUCCCUGAGAAUCCACAAAGAUCCCACCCUGGACACAAACCUAGUCCCCGUGAGGAAUGUGGGUCGGCCUGCAGCUGUGUCUCGAGCCCCAGCCCUCACGUGGAUACAGGCCUUGGAGAGAAACCUUAUGAACCUCAGGACACUGGGGGAGCUUCGAAGAGAGACUUGAAGAGUCGCGGUAGUAAACAAUCUUUAGAGUGCAAGAAAUGUGGAAAAAGUUUCCCUUGCAGGUUGUCCUUUCGGGGUCACGUGAGGGGCCACUGUGGACAGAGAGUCCAUGCAUGUGAUGUGUGUGGGAAAGUCUUCAUGUAUCAGUCCUACCUUACACGUCACAUGAGAACUCACAGUGGGGAGAGACCCUAUGAAUGUGUGAAGUGUGGAGAAGCCUUUGGGUCUGCUUCACGUCUGCAAAGACACGUGAGGACACACACUCGGGAAAAACCCUGUAAAUGUCAGCAAGGUGGGAAAGCCUUCCCUGGUGACUACUCCCUUGAAGCACACAUGAGAAGACAUGAAAAGGACAGAACCUUGGAAUGUAAGGAGUGCGGGCAAAGUUUCAGGAAGCAUCUGCCUUUUGAACAUCACAUGAGCACACACAAUGUCAUGAAACCCUAUGAGUGUAAGGAGUGUGGCAGACUCUUUAGAUAUCACACAGCCCUUGGAGUCCAUAUGAGGACACAUACUGGGGAUAGACCAUAUGAAUGUAAGGAUUGUGGAAAAACUUUCCAGAAAUGUGAACAUUUUAAUCAUAACAUGGCCACCCACAGUACCGUGAAACCCUAUGAAUGUAACUUGUGUGGCAGAUCCUGCCGGGAUUACACAAACCUGCGCAUCCAUAUGAGGACGCACACUGGGGAAAGACCCUAUGAAUGUCAGCAGUGUGGGAAGACCUUCAGAUAUCUUGGAAAUCUGCGGGAACAUACGACAACACACACAGGGGAGAGACUGUAUGAAUGUCAGCAGUGUGGGAAGACCUUCAGGUAUAACUCAUGCCUGCGAGAACACAGGUGGAAGCACACUGGAGAGAGACCCUAUAAGUGUCAGCAGUGUGGAAAAGCCUUCAUUCGUCACCACACUCUUGUACUACAUACUGUGAGAAGGCACACCGAGGGUGGACACUUGGAAUGUAAGGAGUGUGGUGAAACUUUCAGAAAGCAUCAACCUUUCGAACGUCACAUGGCCACACAUGGUAUCCUGAAACCCUAUGAAUGUAAGGAGUGUGGAAGAGCCUUCAGGUGGCACAGAGACCUACAGGUACAUACGAGGACACACACUGGGGAAAGACCCUUCAUAUGUGAGCUGUGUGGAAAAGCCUUUAAGUCUCUCGCAAACCUUCGAGGACAUACAAGGACACACACUGGUGAAAGGCCCUGCAAGUGUCAGCAGUGUGGGAAAACCUUCUCGACUCAUGGAAACCUGCAAGUACAUAUGAGGACACACACUGGGGAAAGACCCUGUAAAUGUGAGCAGUGUGGGAAGGCUUUCCUAAGUCCUGGAAACCUGCGAGCUCAUAGGAGGACACACAGUGGAGAACGACCUUGUAAAUGUGAGCAGUGUGGGAAAGCCUUCACCACUCCUGGAAACCUACGAGCUCAUAUGAGGACACACAGUGGGGAAAGACCCUGUAAAUGCCAGCAGUGUGGGAAAGCCUUUACCCGUGCUGCAUCCUUGCGGGUACAUAUGAAGACACACACUAGGAAGAGACCCUAUGAAUGUCACCACUGUGGCAAAGCCUUCAGGAGUCCAUCGCACCUGGAAGCACACAUGCAGACACACACUGGGGAGAGACCUUUUAAGUGUACAGAGUGUGGGAAAGCGUUCAGUCGGCCUCAGUGUUUUCAAGAUCAUUUGAAAACGCACAACACAGUUAAAUCCUAUGAAUGCAAGGAGUGUGGGAAAGCAUACAAGUUUCCCUCAUCCCUUCGAGGCCAUAUGAAGAAACACACUGGGGAGAGAACUUCAGUGGUCACGACUCCCUUCAGGAACACGUGAGGAAUCACAGUGGACGGUGACCUUUUGUGAAUCUACUGUCUCUGGUAAGACCUUCCAAUAUUGCGUAGAACUGCAAGUAUAUGUGAUGACAGUAGACGAGAAUUGUGUGAAUGUCCACCAUGGGGGAAAGCCUUCAGGUGUCCCUCUAAUCUUCAAGGAUGCUUGUGAGAGCACAGUGAUGUGAAACCCUGUGAAGUUAAGAACCAUGGAAAAACCUUCCAGUAUUUCCUCAAUCUGGGAGCACAGACACUGUG